AUGGAAAUCAAAAUUGGUGGGGUACCGGAACACUUUAACACUCCAUUGCAUAUCGCGAAGGAACAAGGUCAAUUUUUGCAGAGUGGCUUUAAUGUCGAGCUCAUUUCUUGCCCAGGUGGAACUGGAGAGAUGAUCGAAGGCUUAAAAACGGGUCGACUUGACAUGGUUAUGGCUUUGACUGAAGGUCUAGUUGCUAGCAUCGCUAAAGGGGCCGAUGAAUUUCAAAUUUGUGGUACCUACGUUGCUUCACCGUUAACCUGGGUUGUCUCAAGUGGUAGCAACUCACCUUAUACGAAUACACAAAAUCUGAAAGGGGCUAAGAUCGGAAUCAGUCGGUAUGGUAGUGGUAGCCAUAUCAUGGCCUAUGUAUUAUGUGAAGAAUUAGGUUGGCUCUCUUCGGAUGAUCUCUUCCAAUUUACGGUCUUGAAUAACUUUACUGGUUUACGCAAUGGUGUCAACAACGGUGAUGCAGACGCCUUUCUAUGGGAACGUUUCACAACGAAGCCUUACCAUGACAGUGGUGAAAUUCGAUCUAUUGGGCAGAUUGCUGCACCUUGGUGUGCAUUCCUCAUGGCUGCUAGGAAGGAUUUACUAGAUAGUCAUGGCGAUCAACUCAAUUCUUUAUUGGACUGUAUCACUCAAUCUUGCCGUACUUUCAUUCAAAAUAAGCAUCAAUCUUCCAUUGAUUAUGUUGCCAAGAUGCACAAUCAACGCCGUGAUGAUGUUGAAAAAUGGUUUGAAUCCUUAGCUUAUGCUGAUGAUUGUAAACAUGUAUCUCGAUCUAUGCUAGAGAAAUGCAAUGAAACACUUUUAAAAGCGAACGUCAUUACUCAAGCCGCCAAGAUUGACGAUUUAUGUUAUAAAAAUGUUAAAUUGAUAUAA